AUGCCCACUCUGGGGCCCCAGAAGAGGCUUCUGGGUUCACUCAACACCACCUCCAUGGCCACCCCGCACCUUGGACUGGCAACCAACCAGACAGGGCCUUGGUGCCUGCAGGUGUCUAUCCCAGAUGGCCUGUUCCUCAGCCUGGGGCUGGUGAGUCUCGUAGAGAAUGUGUUGGUCGUGAUAGCCGUCACCAAGAACCGCAACCUGCACUCGCCCAUGUAUUGCUUCAUCUGCUGUCUGGCCCUGUCUGACCUCAUGGUGAGUAUAAACAUCAUGCUGGAGACCACCAUCAUCUUGCUGCUGGAGGCAGGUGCCCUAGUGACCCAGGCUGCCCUGGUGCAGCAGCUGGACAAUGUCAUUGACAUGCUCAUCUGUGGCUCCAUGGUGUCCAGCCUUUGCUUCCUUGGUGUCAUUGCCAUAGACCGCUACAUCUCCAUCUUCUACGCACUGCGUUAUCACAGCAUUGUGACCCUGCCCCGGGCACGACGGGCCAUCGUGGGCAUCUGGGUGGCCAGCAUAUUCUCCAGCAGCCUCUUUAUCACCUACUACAAACACACGGCCGUGCUCCUCUGCCUUGUCACCUUCUUCCUAGCCAUGCUGGCUCUCAUGGCAAUCCUGUAUGUCCACAUGCUCACUCGAGCGUGCCAGCAUGCUCAGGGCAUCGCCCAGCUCCAGAAGAGGCAGCACUCCAUCUACCAAGGCUUCUGCCUUAAGGGUGCCGUCACCCUCACCAUCCUUCUGGGCAUUUUCUUCCUGUGCUGGGGCCCUUUCUUCCUGCACCUCUCACUCAUCAUCCUCUGCCCUCAGCACCCCACCUGCGGCUGCAUCUUCAAGAACUUCAACCUCUUCCUCAUUCUCAUCAUCUUCAACUCCAUCGUUGACCCCCUCAUCUACGCUUUCCGCAGCCAGGAGCUCCGUGUGACAAUCAAGGAAGUGUUGCUGUGCUCGUGGUGA